AAUUAGAAAUUCAUGGCUUAGGGUUCGCUGCUGCUAUGUCUUCUUCAACGGUUUUAGAAGUUAUGCGUGGGCGCCACGAAGAAAUCGAGCAAUUAGAGCGGAGUAUCGUGAAGGAGCUCCAGAUGGAGCCGGCCACCGCCGGCGGUGGACUCCACCGUGUUCGAGCCAUGAUUAAACGAAUCAUGGAAAAUUAUCAUCCCUGCCCCCCUCCCGAGCCUGAUCGUUUUCCUGUCGAUGAUGAUGUUUAUGAUCCUGACAUUGAUUUCAGCCGGGAGGAAGCAUCGGGAAGAUACCUUGAUUUGCACGAAUUGUUUCGGGAGUAUGUUAACUCAGUGUUUGGGGAGCGAAUCGGUUAUUCUGCUUAUAUUGAUGUUUUUUCACGACCACAUGAGGUGAUACCUCUCAAUCUGAGGCUGUCCAAAGAGGGGCGGUACAAGCAGUACCUGCAGAAAUUAUUGGCCUACCUCAUACACUUCAUCGAGCGGACUGAGCCUUUGCAAGACGUUGACGCGAUACUCUCAAGACUCGCAACUGAAUUCGAAGAGCAAUGGGCCUCCAAUGUUAAUGAAGUAAUUAUACGUCUUGAAGAGUAUACUACAGUUGAAGAAUUGACGAUGAAAGUAAGGCCAGAGAAGUUAAAGGAAGCAUUGGCUCUGCUAGGACUAAAGACUGGAGGAACUCCUCAACAGCGUGCGGAGAGGCUUUUUCUUGCAAAGCAGCACAAGCAUACUGCUCCUCCUCGUCUUGACAAGCAACAACCAAUUAGUUGUCGUCGCCAUGAUCAUCAGGAGGACGCAAAAGAGAUUGCUCUAAUGGAGGCCAAACUGAAAAGGCUAUGCGACUUGUUGCACGAGACAAUUACGCAGACCAAGGAACGCGUUGAAAGGAAGCAGGGUUUGACAUACAAGGAGCUGCAAGCAGAAUGGGAAGAACAAGGUGCUGAUGAUGAUGACCAGUCCUCUGAUCGCAAGCCUCAGCAGCAGAAUAACAAUCCCCUCAAGUUGCCAAUGGGAUGGGAAGCCCAUACCUUACUGGUUGUAUAAGCUUCAUGGGCUCGAUCAGGAAUUCAAAUGUGAGAUCUGUGGGGAUUACAUCUAUCAGGGGCGCAGGGCUUACGAGCGGCAUUUCAAGGAACGGAGACAUCAGCAGGGAUGUGAUGCCUUGGUAUACCAAAUACCAAUAGUUUCAAUGAAAUCACGUCCAUUGAGGAGGCAAAGCAACUUUGGGAGAGAAUCCAGCAACGCCAAGGGCUGAACAAAUGGCGACCUGAUCUUGAAGAGGAGUAUGAAGAUCAAGAGGGUAACAUUUACAACAAAAAGACAUUCACUGAUCUGCAGCGCCAGGGUCUGAUUUAAUGAGGGAAUUCAAAUGUUGUUGGAGUUCCAAUAACAAUAAAUGGAGAUCUUCAGAACCGGUUUGUGGAGACAAAUGUUGGUUUCGAUACUAUAUGCAAGAUGCAACAAUAACAACGUACUCAGCAAAGUCCCACGUGUGGGGUUUGGUGAACGGGUUGGCGUACACAAACCUUACCCUGCCUAGAAAGGUGAAUUCCCAGCUCAUUACCGUCUGCACAGAUCAGCGGAGAAGUUAAGGACCGUCUGUUUUACAAGCUGUUUUAUGUUCUAACAAAAUAUGUAUGCACAAAAAACAACAAUAAACAUGAAUUUAAGAGGCGGCGGAGCUUCGCCGAGCGGCGGAAUCGUCGCAGCCACCGUCGGCGACGGAGCAAUUAGUCUGGCGUCAAAUAGUAAGCUGGUG